AUGUCUGAAGCAGACUCCCAACGUCCUGCUAAGGGCAAGGAACCUUUAUUCGAGAGGAUUUUCGAGCAUCAUCAUCAUCACAACGAGGAAGAAGAAUGUCACGCUGAUAAGAAGAAUGGAGUGUCGAACAACAAGGAUAAACCAAAAUCCUAUAAAGACUAUCUGGAAAAGGACGAGAAAGCCCUCAAAGAUUAUUACGAGAAGGACAAGGAAUUGGAAGCCGAGGGUCAGACCUAUGGGGGUUUGAUGUAA